GAUAGAUCAUUAUAAGAUAAUUCAGCAAUGGAGUGGUAUUGGAUUGCACUAAUCUCUGCUGGAGGUGUUUACCUUCUUCUUGGACUAAUACUGUUCUGUUUCCCCAUCUAUAAGGUCAAAGAUCCAGUAAGAAUAGAAGCAAAGAAAGACAAGCUAAUAAUCGGCACUCAUCGAGGCGGGUCUUGGGAAAGAGUCGAGAAUACCUUACCGGCUUUUAGGAAUUCAAAAGAUAUUGGAGUGGACAUGUUUGAGCUAGAUGUUAGACUGACAAAGGACAAACAAGUAGUGGUACAUCAUGACCAGAGCUUAGUCAGACUUACAGGUCAGGAUAUUGAUGUUGAAGAUACCAAUUAUGAGGACCUCCCGACUUGAACGAAUGAGAUUCGGUACCCAAUGGGCGAUGGUGUUUAUAGACUCAAACCAAACAUCGAUGAUGGAAAAAUUCCACUUUUGAGGGAUGUCUUUGAAGAAUUUCCAGAAAUACCUAUGAAUAUUGAUCUAAAAGGAGGCAGUUCUGAACAUCUUUUUGAAGUUUAUAAAAUGAUUGUUGAGUUCCAGAGAGAAGGUAUCACCUUCUUCGGUGAUAUGAAUAAUAAGAAAAAUAUUCAAGCCCAAGAAAUGGGCAAAGAUGCUGGAAUAGGCUCUUUUUCAUCUUUGUGGUACACCACAAGAACAGUCCUUUUGUAUCUUUUUGGUCUCUUGCAGUUCUUUCCUUUUAGACAUCAAAUUCUUUGGUUUCCACUUUUUGGAAGGAAAACUUUAAACGCAAUUUAUGAACACAGUGGUAGAAAAUGUUUGGUUUGGUUUCUUUUGAAAAUUGUUGUCUGUAUAACUUGGCUAUGAAAACCUAUGUUCUGGCACCUUAGAAAGAGAGGAGUCCUUGUGAUGAUAUUUACUGUAAAUUCUGAAGAUGAACUCAUUAGAGCUAGAAAAUAUCCUAUAGACGGGUUCAUUACAGAUGCUCCUACAGAAAUUAUAAGAGCUUUAUAUUCAAACGGUGGACAAAUUGAAACUGAUAUACCAAUGAUCAGGUCCACUGAGCUCAGAGAAUAAUGAAUUUUUGCACACAGGUUUACAUUCCUUUCAAUAUC